AUUAUUUGGUUGAUUGUAAAGUGACUGAUGUCACAUUCUGGCUGUACUAUUGCUUCAAAGCAUGAUCUUUUGCCUUAGAGCUAACCCUUCUUUAAAAUCAUUCCCUCUUUUCUCAUUUCAAUCAAGAUUCUAAAUCUUGACCACCAAGAACGAGAGAAGGGAGGAUUUUCAUUGCUCUCUCUUUUGCACAAGAAAGAUGAAGAGCAAUAACAAUAACAAUACAAAGCUUAUUCUUCUUCACCCUUAUGUCCAAAAACAAGGAAGCUCCAAUCGCUUAUGGCUCCUUGCCUUUGUUUCUUUCUUCACUAUUGCGUUUCUUGUUACUCUUAUCUACACUAGAGAGUCUUUGCCCACUAAAUCCACCGCCGCUUUGGCUGCUGCUGCCACAUCCUCCUCCAUCUCCACCACCGCACCACUGCCUACCACAGUCAUCAAUACUCUCCUCCACUAUGCUUCAAGAUCCAAUGACAGUUUCCACAUGUCCUACUCCGAAAUUAAACCCAUAUCUGAUGUCCUUAGAAAGUGUUCUUCUCCUUGUAACUUUCUUGUUUUUGGCCUAACACAUGAAACCCUUCUCUGGAAGGCCCUCAACCACAAUGGCCGCACAGUUUUCAUCGAUGAAAACAGAUACUACGCUGCCUAUUUCGAAGAGCUACACCCUGAAGUUGAUGUGUUUGAUGUUCAAUACACAACAAAAAUGGGAGAAUUCAGAGAACUCAUAGCCUCCACAAGGGAUCAAAUACACAAUGAAUGCAAGCCAGUUCAGAAUCUUCUCUUCUCAGAAUGUAAGCUUGGGAUUAAUGACUUGCCUAAUCAUGUUUAUGAGGUGGAUUGGGAUGUGAUAUUGAUCGAUGGGCCUCGAGGGGAUGGACCAGAAGGGCCAGGGAGGAUGACACCAAUCUUCACAUCUGGGGUUCUAGCUAGAAGCAAGAAGGGAGGAAAUGGGAAGACUCAUAUAUUUGUGCAUGAUUACUACAGAGAUGUGGAGAAAGUAUAUGGAGAUGAGUUCUUGUGCAGAGAGAACUUGGUGGAAGCUAAUGACAUGCUUGCUCAUUUUGUGGUGGAGAAGAUGGAUGAGAAUAGCUACCAAUUCUGCAGCAACAAAACAUCAAAAUCAGCUUCUUCUUCUUCAUCAUCCUAAUUGUUUUUGUCUUAAAGGCACAUGGUUCCAGUGGAUAUCAAAUGGUACAAGUGGUAAAAAAAAAAAAAAAAAAAAAAGAAUGUGGGUUAUUUAUGAUCAUUGAAAAGCUUAGACCUUUUCUCUUUUUCUUCUUGGAUUGGGGACUGGGGAAUGUAAAAAAUAAUUCUUUUUGGUAAUGCAAAAAAACCCUUGUAAUUUCGUGGCAAUGGAAGCUUCAAAAUCUCAAUUUGUUUUAGUUCA